AUGAAAGAGAGCGGGAAAAAGUCAAUUGGUGCCUCUGUGAUCCAACAGCCAUCAACAAAUGAUAUAGGGAACAGCAAGGAGAUGGGAGAUAAAAGAGCAGUUGGAAUGAAGGUAGCAUCAACGGAGACUGCAGAGGCUGUCCAUCAUAGUGGUCUUACAACCAAGGAAACUGAUAUUGAGCAUCAUAACAAGGCUCUACACCCAUCUGUGGUUAUGAAUUCCGAGCCUUUUAGAAGAGGUAAGAUUGAUUUGACCACCACCAUGCCCUCUCGACAUCCGCAGCAAGCCUCUCACUAUCCCUCUUCCACCAACCCUCUGUCUUCACCAUCAAGACGUCAGUCAUACCCACAUGGGGUAGAUUUAUCUACAGGGCAUGCCAGUGGCUUUCCUGGUUAUAGGUUUGGUGAUACAAGAGAGGGCAAUAUGAUGCCACGUAACCCUCAUUUUCACUCCCACAAUCCCUACCACUCACCCCAAACUCAACUACAAAACCCACAAUCCACAAACAAAUUACAAAUGUAUACUCACCCCCAUGCUCAUGACUUGGAUGACAGACUUGAUUGGGCAGCUACCAUUAAUAGACCCACCAAGGAUAUGAUGCAGUCCAGUACUUCUCCAGGUAGACAUAAACUCAGUCAUUCAGAGCAGAGACAAAGGAUGCAGUCUCCAACUGACAUUUUGCACAAUCGCCAACCGUUCACUAACCAGCAAGUUCCUCAUCAGAACACUUACUAUGACAUGAAAAUGUGGGAGUUAACACACUCUGGUAGAGAGAGUGUAGGGAUGUUGGAGGGGGACCCUUACCAGAGAAGUCAACAGCCACCUCCUGCUUCCCCCCAAUUGGUUCCAACAGCUCCACCAGUCUCCAACAUUCUUGAAUCAGCUGUCUCCCGAGUGGUUACAGAAGAAAUCUUUAAAUCACUCCAUCCAACACCUACACCCAAUUCCAUGAAAACAGCUGGUCACAGUAUUGGUGGCAAUGUCAAUUCAGUGAUGCCACAGAGCCAUCGACCAAAUAAAACUGGUGGUUCUGGGGACACUAAUCCGUUAAUGUUGAGGAGGAGAGUUCGAUCUUUCAUUUCCCCUAUCCCUGCCAAGAGGCAGCAUCAGGAUGUAUCCCAGCAAAGGAGUGCCCCUAGUUCAUAUCACUCACCUUUGGCCUACUCUGAAUCCAGCCUCCAAAAUGAAGAUGACUCAUCCAGUUCAGAUAUAACUACACUUGGUUCACCUAAUACUCCUUGUCCCACACCUGGACAAAACACUUAUUCACAAUCCUCCUCACCUGUUCAGGGUAAAAAGAGUCUGCCUCCAAGAAAAGGGAGAGGUUUGAAACUGGAGGCUAUUGUUCAGAAAAUUACACCAAAUGUGAAGAAAUCUACUAACAGCAGCCAUGCCGAUGUUGACUCAAAUUAUUUUGCUGGAUUUUCUCACACUGAAAUGUCACAGUUUACUGACACACAGGACGAAGAGGAAUGCUUACCUUAUCUAGAUGAAAGUAUCUCAUUAAGUGACAUUAUGCCCUACAGAGGGGUUGAUGAGACUGGACCGUUACCUCCCACCGCAUACCCCUGUGAUCCUCACCAGACAUCACAAGUUCUUAAACGUGGACAACAGGAGCUGUUACAAAAUCUUUGCAGCAGACUUUGA